AUGAUACCAAAUAAUACUUCUUGUCCUUAUUCAGCUGCUCAAUCUACAACAUCGCCUCUUUCUAAUACCGUGGAUCCCUCGAAACAAACACCACUACAACAAACUGAUCCUCCAUCACCUGUCAUUGCAUCGCGUAUACAGCCAAAUGAGACUCCUCCCACACAGGCUCAAAUCGAUAUCGUAAGAUAUACUUGGGAACGUGUUUCUGACACUCGACACCCAGGUGAUGAUCCAAACGUAUCCGCUUCCCAUGCUUUUGGUUUGGCUUUUUAUGAGGCUUUAUUUGAACUCGAUCCCUCGUUAAAACACCUAUUCACAAAUAUAUUUCAGCAAGCAAGAGCUUUAGCAGGUAUGAUAUCUUACAUUGCCCGUGCCCCCAAUGUGGUCGGACAAAAACCCUGUCGGUCUCCGCCCACAUCAGGAUGCGGAUUCGCCUCCCCACCACCAUCAGGCAGAACACUAACAAUUCGAGAAAUUAAUGCUAAAAAAAGAAAAGAAAACCCUGCGACCACAUUCUCGGAACUGGUGAUAAAUACUGCAAAUCAUUCACCCGACUCAGUAUCACAGGGAGAUGACACUGAGGGAGAUCCUGAGAGAUUAUUGUAUAAAUUACGGGAAUUGGGUGCCAGACAUUAUUUUUAUAAUGUUCAAUCGCAUCAAUUAUCUCUUGUUGGGCCAGCUAUAUUAACUGCAAUUAAGGUCAGGUUAGGAAAAGAAUUUAUACCAGAGGUAGCAGAAGCUUGGACGAGAGCACAUGCGUAUGCCACGUAUCAUAUGAGAAUUGGAUUAGAAGCACAGAAUGCUUGGGAAUUAAACAGAAGGAAAUCAACGUCUUCUAAAAUACCUUCAAAUUUAAAUCAUGGUACAAAAUCAAAUUGCAUGAUUCAAUAA